UGUUUCAAGUGAAGGGAAGUAAAAUGUCGGCGAUGGAUGGGAUGGGCCUCUUAAUGUGCUUUUAACAAUAUCUCAACAUUUAAUACUGUAUUUUAAACGUAAAUGUCACGUUUUAGAAAAUAAUCGUUAGUUGAAGAUUGUGGAUUUAAACGGACAAAACAUAACUGGAUCUAAGACAAAGACUCCGGCGAAGAGGAAACAGAGAAGGAUGAAGAAAGGAGUAGGACGAGGUUGAGGUGUUACCAAGGUGAUAGGGAGAACCCAGAUGACGAGCCUAGCGAACUGGGAGCUGCCAUUACUGCAACCCCCGAAACACUUUCCUGCUUGGUCUCUCUUCACUGCUAUCCACAGCAUCUCCUCGGCAGUUCUGACCUUGAAGUGUAGUUGACAGCUGAGGUGAGAGUGGAAGGCUCGUUACUGCUCAGUAUCCUGUCCACUGUCGCCCCUGGCAUAGGCAGCUGGAAGACAGGGUUGCUCUUUGAUCCCCGACCUUCAGUAUCCCUCCUCCACCCACAACCCCAGGCUCCACAGAGUUCUGGACUACAGCUUACCCCAGGCCCAGCUCCCAUCCUGGCCAUGGACUUAACUCAAAUCCCAUGCCUUAAAGGGAUGCCUGAUGUCCCUCCUCCUCAUGGGAUCACAGAGACUGCCAAGAGCCCCCUGCCUACCUCCACAUCUUCCUCCUCUCCCGCCUCCCCACCUUCCUCUUCAUCCUCCUCUCCUGGUGCCGUGGCAACCAGCUACAACAAUGAUAUCCAGGAGGGAAGUGCCAACAGCAUGAUGAUGGGUGAUGUGGUGUCCUCCACUUCUGCCUCUCUGGCUCCCCCCUCUCACUCUGACCCCUCGUUCUCCUCCUCCGAUCCCUUGUUAUGCCUCUCACCCCUUGUGGGCACCAACGGACAAAACGAGCUCGAGACGGAGAUUUACGACCCAUUUCACCCCACGGAAGGAGAGAGAGAGGAAAGAGCGGCGGAGGAGGAAGGGGAAAAGUACGACCCCUUUGAUCCGACCGGCUCUCCCCCCUCAGAGAGAGAGGAAGAGGAGUGUGAGACGGGGGGAGGGAGGGAGAGAGGGAACAGCCUGAGCAGCAAGGGGAGCGAUGCUAGAGGGAAGAGAAGGAAGGUAGAGAUGGGGAGGACAGGAGGAGAGGGGAAAGACAAUGCUCCUCCAGACUCCACGGACGCUCUCUCUGUUCCCCCGCUCUCACCUCGCUCCCUCCCUCUCCCCCUUCGGAGGAGGCUGGACCGAACCAAAGAACCCCGUGUGAAAGUACGGGACAGGAGAGAGAAGGCAAACCACUCGGACCACUCUGAGAUUGAGGAGGGUGAGAUCGUUGGGGCCACUGAGAGGGAUGGAGGAAAUAGGGAGGAGAGAGGCCGGGAAGGAGUCCUUCCUCUCGUCCUCCCCAUAUCCUCUGGCAGUCCUUUCCUCCACAGGGGAGCCAAGCCGGAGAGGAUCCUGAGGGUGUUGGACGGGGAUAGCUUUGUGUCGGUGCGGGCUGAGGGGGACUGGGCGGGGCUGGUGAUGCCUGGCAGGGAGGAUGGGGAGCCCAUGGAUGAGGAGGAGGAGGAAGAAGAGGAGGAGGAGGAGCUGGUGGUGGUCGGGGUAGGAGAUCUGAGGAGGAAGCUGGUCAGCCGGCGUAAUGCGAGAUACCGCUCCUCCUUCCCCUCUUCCCUCUCGCCUCAGCACCUCCCACCGUCUCCUCACACCGUCCCUCUGGCCCCCUCCCCGCUCACUGCCGAGAAGGACAAGAGCCGCAAGAGCUCCAAGGAGAGGGAGCGGCGCAAGCGAAAGGGGUGCAAGGUAGGGGAGGAGGAGCAGGAGGAGGAGAAGAGGAGGAAGAAAAGGAAAGAAAAGGGUGGUGGUAGAGAGAAUGGUGGGGAGAGGAAGGAAAGACACAGGGAGAGGGGGCGGCGGAGUGAGAAAGAGAAGAAAACAGAAGUGGAGAAGGAGAGGGGGAGGAGCAGCAGAAGCGACAGCAGGAAGAGGAAGAAGAGACGACGGAGCACCCCGGAAUCUUCAGCUCGCCCCCGCUCACAAAACACCUCAGCGCAGCAGGCCCACGGGGGCCGCUCCUGGUCAAACACUUCAGAGGACCGACACAGAGAGAGAGACAGAGAGAAUAACAGAGACCGAUACAGAGACAGAGUUGGGGAACGAGACGGUGAUCGAGACAAGGACAGAAAGAAAGAUGACACCCGGAGAAGGGAGAGGGAUGGAGACUCUAGCCGGAUAAAGAGGGAAAGAGAGCGAGACGGUGUCCGCAAAUCGUCCAGUCGAGAAAGAGGCAGCUCCAAGAGGUCCAAAGGAAGCGUAGAACCAAGGCACCGGGAAAUGGACAGGCACCAGGACAGAGAAAGGCACAGAGAAAGGCACCAGGACAGAGAAAGGCACAGAGAAAGGCACAGAGAAAGGGACAGGGAGAGACGUCGAGAUGGUCGACCCGUGGUGCCGCCAUCCAUCCAAGAUCUCAAUGGCUCUGACCUGUUCGCCAUCAAGCGCACCAUCACGGUCACCACGACCACCACCACCACUCUCCCCGGAUCCCCCCCGCUGGCUCCAUCCUCCCCCCGCAGCCCCUCCCAGGGCUCCGAAAAGCCCCACAAGAGGAAGAAGAAGAGCCAUCGGCGCUCGGACGAAGAGUUGGAAGACAGCAUUGGCCAGGGUGGGAGCCUCUCCCUCUCUCCGCCGUCACAUUACCAUGGCUAUGACUCGGACCACUUCUCAGACAAACUGGAGAUAGACAUGCAUUCUCUGGACGGGGAGGCUCUGGAUUCAGACCACCCCUCUAUAGAAGACUCCCCUCCCCAGCUUCUGGAACCCGCUGCCCUCAGCGCCAAACCCAAGACCGCUACCAAACCUGGACGCCACCACUUCAAGAAGAAAUCACGAACGGGCAAGAAAGCUGGUCAGUCCAAGUCGUCCUCUUCCUCCUCGGUUAGACCUAAAGGUAAGGAGCUCUCCACCUCCUCACUCUCCCCAACCCAGGCCACCCCCGGCCUGGCCUCCGCCCCAGCCACCCUCCCCUCGGCCAAACGAGGGUGGAAGAUAGGGAAGGAGAAAGAGCGUGGGGAAAAAGGAGGAAAGAAAGAGUCUGGUCGGUCUGGCAGGUCCAAGAAAUUAAGUGGCGGUGGGAGGAAAGCCAAGCUGCAGUCCAAAGUGUCAGUGCUGGUGCGCGAGGGUGUGAGCAGCACCACGGGCGGCCUGGUGGGCUCGGGGAAGCUGGGCAUGGAGCUCCUCGGGGUGGGCGGACCAGUAGGGGGCUCUGGGGGGCCGGUGGUGGGAGGCUCCAUUGCCGUGGUCUUUAGGAGGGACAAUGAGAGCAGAUCUCCGUUCCUCAAGCCAUGCUCUGAGCCUCUAUUGCUGAGUGGACGCAACAAGGACCUGGGGAAGGUGGGCAAACGCAGUUCCCUGGCCGUUCCACCUUCUUCCUUCCUGGCUAAUCCCACGGUGGCAGCGCUGAAGUCCAAGAAGGCCAAGCCCAGCUCUACCACCUCCACAUCGUCCUCGGCGUCUUCGCCCUCAUUGUCCCUAGCAACCAAGCGUAGGAGGCGGCUGGCGAAGAAGACGCGGGGAGAGAAAGGCCUAGCCAGCGGUUUGACGGACGUGGAUAGCGCUAUAGCCAACUGUAGCUCUGAGGGCGGCGGCUGGGGUGGGUCUUCCUCCGACAUCCAAUCAGGAGUGGGGGCUAAACCCUCCAGUCCGCACUCUGGUCCAGCUGGUCCAACCCCUUCCUCAUCCUCUUCAUCAUCCUCUUCCACCGGGGCUCCCCCGUCCUCCUCACCCCCCCACACCCCCCCGCCCUCCCUCACCGCCUCGCGUGAUGCUCGGGAGUCAUCUCCCGACUCUCAGACAGUGGACAGCAGCUGUAAGACCCCUGAGCCCUCUUUCCUACCCGAGGACUGCCCCGCUCAGACCCAGAGCACCCUCAACCUGUCCCCCUCCAGUCCCUCGUCCCAGGGGGGAAGCCUCUCACAGUACGGCCCCUCCAACAUGAAGCCACUCCCUCUAGACGAAGACCCCAAAUCCCUGGCCUCACCCCCUUGUUCCUCCUCAUCUGUCUCUGCCCUCGUCUCGCUUUCCCUUCCUCCUUCCUCCACAGACCCCUCCUCCUCUUCCUCCUCUUCUGUUUCUUCCUCCUCGGCAAACAAGCUGCCACCGCCCCCACCUCCCCCUCCUGCUGCCCCUACCCUCCCUUGGAGUCUGCAGACAGGAGUGGACUGCACGGCCGGAGGAGUUUUAGCAUUGACAGCUUUGCUGUUUAAGAUGGAAGAGGCCAAUAUCGCAAGUAGAGCCAAAGCCCAGGAGUUCAUCCAUGCUACCAGCCAGAUUCUCUCCCAAACCAAUCAGAACCAUUCAUCGCAGCAUGCCCCUUCUUCCUCUUCCCAGGUUCCUCCUUCCCCUGGCCCCACCCCUGCUCAGUUCAUCCUGCACAGCGCUCUCCCAUUGGUGGGAUGCACCAAAACCCCGCCCAACCACCUGCACCUUGGCAUGUCUUUGGGUGGCGGCUGUGCCCAGACCCCGCCCCCUCUCAUGCCCUCUGGGUUCUCGGGAGGGUCCGGAGACUCCAGUGAUAUAGGCUGGGACGAGAGCAAGGACCCUGACAAGUACCUGAAGAAGCUCCACACUCAGGAGCGUGCGGUGGAGGAGGUGAAGCUGGCCAUUAAGCCUUACUACCAGCGUAAAGACAUCAACAAGGACGACUACAAGGACAUCCUGAGAAAGGCAGUGCACAAGAUCUGCCACAGUCGAAAUGGAGAGAUCAACCCGGUCAAGGUGAGCAACCUGGUCAAGCUUUAUGUUCAGAGGUACAAGUACUUCAGGAAGCACGGUCGAAAGAUGGAUGAGGAAGUGAGGGAGGACAGAGAGAUGGAUUCCUCCUAUUGAUUGGAGAAGGGGUCGCUCUCACACUACUCCCAUUGGUUCUGCUGCCCACUCUUUGCACGUGACUGGGCCCACUGAGGCCAUAGUGACAUUUGUUUUAUUCACCUCCCUAUUUGCUGUCCCCAUGUAAACUCGUAACCGCCCCGCCCCCUCUCUCGUCUCCUGUGUGUCUUGCUGUACAGAAAUAUUGAGUAGAUAUCCGCAAAAUAUACGCACGCACUAUAUGAAUAAAAAAAAAUACAAUGUUAUGGGAGCGAUGCAGAACACACGUGCAUACACACUUACACGUGCGCGCACACACAUACUGUACAUACUGUAAGUACACUACACUGACUCCUUUCUCUCUGUGUGGUAUAAACCUGUCAGGUUGUUGGUCGGCUGGUUUAAAUAUAGAUAUUUGACACUUGAUUUUCUGUUCCCGUCUUUUAUUUGAAGUCUACUCUGAGGGGUGGUUUCCUGAGCACAAGUGAGUUCGCUUUUUAAGUCCAAGACCAGGCUUAAUCUGUGUCCGGGAAACCAACCCUGAAGGUUUUUGUACUCUGAUCAGUGCUUAGGCAGAGAGCGAAAUAAAUGAAUGCAAGGUGUCACUGUCCUACAAGCUAUGGAUUUACAGGCUUGCAGCGUACUUGUCACUGACUGAGUGAACUAUUUGUAAUAGAUUCUUUAUCAAUGCUGUUUCUGAACCAGGCUUAAAUACUGUAGGUACUGUUUAAGUUAUUUAAGAAUGUAAACACCAGCCUAAAGUAAUUAUACGCAUCUGUGUAUCCCUCUCUGUCAUACACAGAGGCAGAUCUAGGAUCAGUUUUAUCCUCCACACAAUCCUUACCCUACCCAUUUAAAGUAGGGAACUGCAAAACUGGCCAUAGAUAGAUUUUAGGUGCAAUUUGACACUUACUCUGUGCUAAGUCUGUUUGAGUCUCCAUUGGUUUCUAUUAGUGUUAGUGAGUAAUUGUUCUAGUCCAUGACCACGUGAUAUCCGUCAAUAAACGGACAUCAAUUUAAACAUUGAAAGCAACCAUGAAAAUGAAGUACCCCUGCGACUUGAUGAGUUUACACAUUGGAAGUUGAAGCUAUGUGGUGAGUCAACGCGUGUUGGGUGCCUGGGAUGUGUGUACUAUGUUGGAUGUAUCAUUGCGCUUGUU